AUGUUUGAUACGCAGUUGUCGGGUGUCACAGAAACUACAUGGACACUGAUGAAAUAUACAAACUUGAAUGGUCGUCGCCAAGAAAUUUUGCCUUCGCUUGGUAAUUUGUAUGUCACUGUCAACAUCUCCAGAAGAUAUAUCAGUGUUGUAAAUGGCGUUACGGUUUUGGAAGAAUUAGCUCUUAUUGGAAAUCCGCCUCCAGUGUUUAAAAUUCGAGAUCGAGAUGUUUUUGUUAGAACAGUUUCCAAAGCUGGCAUUGUUACUUCCAAGUUCAGAAUAAAGUUUAUUUUGGCAAGUGAUCAUGGUGCAUUUGUUAAUGUAAUUUCACAGUACAUUACGAUCACCAGAUGCGAGAACGAAUCUACCGCACUGCCAGCAUCUCAAGAUGUUUUCUAUCUUUCGCACUCACAAGGAUUUGAACAUUAUGGUACUUCAAACAGUCCUCAAAAAAGAACGUUUUCUGAACUUUCUAAUUCGAUUCCAAAUAAGAAAAUUCGGAAAGAUUUUUCUUCUCGAACAACUGUGGAUGAAACGACUUUAAUCUCUACUCAGACUUCUUCAAAAUUUAGCCAGCCGUUUCAGGAAUGUUCUUCAUCGGUGUCUGAUGUGGGCGUACAAACAGAGCCGCUUUUAUCUCUGAAUGACAUCUCAAACAACGAGACGCUGCUUAAAAGCUUAGUAGCUUCAAGAUUACGAGAUCCUGCAUUCAGGAUUCUUUUAAUUAAGACCAGGAAUUUUGUGGAAGAUCUUGCGAUGGAACUGGGCGGUUCAAUUACAGAAUGGUCUAAAUACGACACCUGUGGUGAAAAAGAUCAAAAAAUAGGUGUAAAUGUUCAGGAGUCUCAAAACACUUCCUUCGAAGAAGAUCUUUUUAUAUCUUCUAUUGAAACCGACAAAAAUGAUUUUUUGAAGAUAAUUGAAAAACAGAAAGUUGAAAAGUAA